AUGAAGACCAGCAUCCUGCUUAUGCUCCUUUGGGGGUUGUCCUGUGCUCUCCCAGUAACCAGGUAUCAAAAUACUGAAUCUGAGAGCUCUGAAGAAUGGAAGGGUCAUUUGGCUCAGACACCGACAUCACCUUUGGAGAGCAGUGAGUCAUCAGAAGAAAGUAAAGUUAGCUCAAAGGAACAGGCAAAUGAAGACCUCAGUGACAGUGCUGAAUCAGAGGAGGGCCUUGAUGAUCACCAACAUGUGCAUAGACCAGCUGGUAGCCUCUCUAGGAGUGGAGGAAAAGGAGAUGAUAGAGAUGAUGAUGAAGAUGACAGUGGAGACGAUACCUUUGGUGAUGACGACAAUGGCCCAGGACCUGAAGAGACACAAGGAGAAAACUCCAGAUCCAGAAGUGAUGAGGACUCGGCCGACACUACACAGUCUAGGGAAGAUAGCUCCCUGCGAGGGGAAGCCAGUGUGCAAGAUACCACCAGCGAGAGCAGGGACCUUGACAAUGGGGACGAGGUGAGCAGCAGGCUGGAGGGAAGUGACUCCACUCAAGAGAGUGAGAGUGAGGAGCACUGGAUGGGAGGUGGUGGUGAAGGGGAUAGCAGCCAUGGGGACGGCUCAGAGUUUGAUGAUGAAGGAAUGCAGAGUGAUGGUCCAGACACUGUCAGGAGUGAGAGAAGCAUCUCCAGAAUGAACAGUGCCAGUGUCAAAUCAAAAGUUUCCAAAGGAAACAGUGCUGAGCAAGCAGGCACUCAGGAUUCACAUGACAGCCAAUUAGUGGAGUAUCCCAGUAGGAAAUUUUUCAGAAAGUCCCAUAUUUCUGAGGAAGAUGACAGAGGUGAGCUUGAUGAUAUCAACACAGUGGAAGAAGUCAAGAGUGACUCCACAGAAAACAUCAACUCCAAAGCAGCUCACCUCAGCCAGUCCAGGGAAAACAGCAGGAGUAAAUCUCAAGGAGAGAGCGAGGAGAGUCAGUCCCAGGAAGACAGUCAAAAUGAGCGGGACACCAGCAGUGAGUCUAGUCAGGAGGCUGACCUGCCAUCUCAAGAAAACAGUAGUGAAUCUCAGGAACAGGUAGUGAGUGAGUCCAGGGGUGACAAUCCAGAUAACAUCAGCAGUCACUCAGAAGAAGAUCAGGAAGAGAGUGACUCCAGUGAAGAGGACAGCUUGAAUGAACCUUCCAAUUCAGAAAGUAAAUCCAGAGAGGAGCAAGCUGAUAGCGAACCCAGUGAGAGCCUCAAAUACUCAGAGGAAAGCCUGGAGUCCACUGAGGAGGAAAACAGUUCAAGCCAGGAGGGCCUCCAGUCUCACGGUGCCUCAGCAGAGAGCCACAGCGAGGGAAGCCAGUCUGAGCAGGACAGCCAGUCUGAGGAAGAUGAUGGCACUGAUUCUCAGGACAGUAGCAAAUCAAACGAAGACAGCAACUCUUCUGAGAGCAACUCAAGCAGUAAGGAAGAUGGCCAGUCAAAAAACACUGAGAUAGAAAGCAGAAAAUUAACAGUUGAUGCUUACCACAACAAACCCAUUGGGGAUCAAGAUGACAAUGACUGCCAAGAUGGCUAUUAGUAUCAGCUUUCUUAAGAAGUGGCUCUCACAUAAAGGAGUCUUGGUGGGUGGAGAGUAAAGAAAUCAUUGUAACUAUAAUUUAUUCAUGUUUUUAUCAGAAGGAUAACCAGAGGCCGUUUCUUUCUGAAAGAGUAUGCUGGACAGUAUACUUGUUUCUAGGGUGUUACCAAUCCAUUGAAGUUUAAAUAAAGUGGACUGAUACUGGAAUAUACUCAAUGAGAAGGGAAGCAAGGGAAGAUGUGCAUUAUAGCCUCACAGCUGACUUAGUUCCUAACUCAUUAACCUAACAAACAGUUAUUGAGGUUCUACUAUGUACCAGGAACUGUGCUAGGUGCUGGGGAUAUAAAGAAGCUAAAACUUGUUUCUUGCUCCUGAGGAGCUUAGAGAGGGAUAAAUAAGGCUGAAGAGCAAAAGAGGAACACAUGAGGAAAAUAAGAACUAUUAUAAUCUAGUGUGGUGAGUGCUAUCACAGAUCCAUGAACAAAAUAUAUGGGAGCACAGAAGGUGGGACCAACUUUGCCUUGGAAAACCAGGGAGAGCUCCAUAGCAGAAAAGAUGCUGGAAUUGGAGAGUUACAUAGGGUUUCUUCAUUGAUGAUGAGAAAAUUCUAUUUAUUCUUGGGAUAAGCAGUAGUAAAUCCCAUAUGAUUAAAUAUUUAGUUUAUAAAACUACUUCUAAAUUGUAGCACAGGAAUGUGUUUUGCAUAAGCCAAACUUUUUUUCUUCAACUGAUUUAUCCCUUUGAUGUUUUUGUGGAACACCCAUGAAUACUGCCUUGCUUAAACACAGUGAUGACAUGGAAAAUUGGGUGGGGGAAAGUAGUAGAAAGAAAUCCCUCUCUAAAUAGAAAAGUUUUAGCUUUAUUUUUUUCCUAACAUCAAUCUAUGUGCAAUGUUAGAAAAACUAUUCUGACUCCUUUACUUAUGCUGCACACAGCAAAACUGUGUAUAAAGCAUUCAAUUGAUUUUUAGGCCAAAUGCCCUUUGAAAUAUUACCUCAAUAUAAAAUAUUUGUUUUAU